CUCUGCCUCAUGUGCUCUGUGUGUGUCUACUCUGCAGAGUACAUCCAACUCGCCCCGAAUACAUGCUCACUGUCUAACGCCGUGACCUAACCAAACGUAACCCUAAAAGAGUCCUCUUUGAAUACAACGCUUUAUCUCAGUCCGGAAGCGAUAGAAAACGUGUGACUACGUCACUGAUGUAAAUGGCUAGCACAUUAAUAAUAGUGCGUUAUCUUUGCGCGCGUCUCUCACUGGACGCCUUCACGUCAGGUGGUGCUGUACAAGUAAUGAAGAGGUGAAUCCCCAGUCUACAGUUUUGGGACCUACUUGAGCACCGGCGUCCAAGCGAGUCAGCGUGGGUUCUCCGUGGCGUUUUGUGUCAGUAACUUCUGCGUCGUAAACUGACAUCAUCUCAUCAUGCCUGGCAAGAAAUGAAUCCUGGUUCAGCGCUCGACUCACAUAGAAACGCGCACGGACAGAACUUUGCUUGCAACUCUUGUGUGGUGGAUACGGCACGCGCCGCGGCAGCGCGCGGAGGAUUAACAACUUUCCUCAGAAACAGCGCUAGCGUCCUUCCCAUGUCGCUUCAAAUCCUUCCAUGUCACCAAUUAUUGUUGCUUUAAUUGGACGAGAAUGUUUCAGAAACCAUAUCUGCUCAAACACGGGGAAAACAUCGUUGUUUGCGAGAGGGGAGCUCCAGAAAUCAUGCUCCCGGACCACAGUGGCACCGCUAGAAGGGAGCUGCCAGUUGCCAUGCCAGUGUAGGCCCUACCCACCGUUACCCCCUCCACCCCCUCCUCCACCACCCCCGAGACUCCUGGCUCCAACUGUGGCUCCCUCCACUGUAUCCCCCAUAACACCAUGGAGGAGAGAGAUGGAGAUCUUAGUACUGGGGACAGUAAGCUGUGCAUCUGUGGUCUUCCUCCUCCUGACUGCCAUCAUCUGCUACAAGGCCAUCAAGAGGAAACCCCUUAGAAAAGAAGAGAACGGCACAAGCCGAGGGGAGUAUGCCAUGAGCUCACGCUGUAAACAGCAGGUAGUGGAAACCAAUAACACUGGAGUAUAGUGCCCAUGCUACAGCAAGGCAUGUACAGCUGAACAUUCUGUACCAUACAGCACCACCAUCUCUCUUUGGGUUUAUGAGAUGGACGCAAGGUAUAUUAUGAAUUUAGGAACUGUAAACCUCAUGCCUGCCCUUCUUGAGACAUAAAAUGAUGUUUAAAGAAAAGACUAAGGUGAAUACGUAAUGACUGAUGUGUAUAGGCAAGUAUAAGCAGGUUUUGAGGAGACACGGAAACUCAUACCGAUGCUGACAGCUGCACGAAUAUCAUGAGACUCAACCUGGCGGCCCCCCGGGGCCCCUUUGAGGACAAUAUACAACAUCAACAAAAUAAACGCAUGCACUUUGUUGAAUGCAGUGAUGUUUUAAAAUUCCUGUCUUCUCUUGUCGUUAACUCUCUUUGCAGUGUUCCUCAUUAAACGUUAAGGGUUCUCUCACCUCAUGUAGAUUGU